UGAAACGGCCACGCGAUUUCGUGCCCUGAAACCCGCGAUUACGGCAACGAUUAGAAAUUAAUACAGGUUUUGAUAUUACAAGCCAACAUGGUGCCUGUUUUGCUUCGUCACUCUCCGUCCACUCCAUCCCAGCAUCAGAAGAGAUUCUCGGAGGGCGAGGGCAUCCUCAUCUGAACAUCUGAUCUGCUCGCAACGGAGAAGCCAGGAAGGUGUCACAAGAUCAGUGCAUCCAGGGCUUCCUACUAAGGUAAGCCCUAGCUCCUCCCCUCCCCUCUCUCUGGAGUGCUAAUCUUCAGGGUACCUUCAUCAGCCUGCUACUGUACUCUCUCUUUGCCCUUAUCUGCUCCUCCACUUUGUUUGUCUUUUGUUUCCUUGUGUCUAGCACCCAAGAUAUUAUCGUUAAAUCGUUUGAACAAUAUAUGUUUUGUAUUUUAUUUAUUAUAGGCUUGAAAAGUUUCAGUGAUCAGUGACGCAUAAAUGAAGGUACUCGGGGUAGUUCCUUUUAGCUUCCCGCAGUCCAUUUUAACAUGGGAAAGCAGACUCUUCUCACAUGAAACAAACUUCUGAAAUCAUACUGUGUCUACAGACAAUUAGUCAAGCUUUUUUUAUUCAAUAAUUGCCAUUGGUGUCUACUCGUUGUUUUCUAGUGGAUUGUCCAGACUAACGAAUGCGAAUCAUGAAACAGCGAAGAGUUUAUAAUGCAGGUAGGACUUUGAUAUCACAUUUAGUAGACGCGCAUUGCCAACCCUGAUUUGAGCAGUCCUCAUGGAGCAUUUCAGGAGAGGGGUGGAGCUUGGGAUGGCCUCCUUCCAGAGAUGCCAUCCGCUGUCAUGUCAAAUGGCAGAGAGCGCACCAUUCGAUGCUCAGAAGGCGGCUAUCCGCUGUAAAGAGAAGUCACGGCGUUCUAAGUGCGGCCACCCCGAAGAGAUGCCGGUCAUCCCUGAGCAGGCCAUGGAGUACCUCUCUCGUACAUGGAGCCCCUCCUCCUCGGAUCUCUUCCAAAUACUCUCCCCCAGCAGCCUAGGAUCGUCACCGGAGGACUCUGAGCGAGAUGAAGCAGGAGGAGACAGAGGCGAAGACGAAGAGAAGCAUCUUGACACGGUUCAUUCCAACGGAGGAACAAGCCAACUGUUCAAUCAGACUUGGAGAGUUGUAACCAGUGGCAAGCCUAGCUCCAGACAGCGCCGGCAGAAGCUAGUCCAGCCUGCCUGGCUCAACGUUGGGAACAUGAAGGCGAUGCUGCGAGGGUUCCUUCUGGACAGCGUGCCGGUCACCGGAAGCCGGCGGAGGAGGCGGAGGGACGAGCUGCGGCUGCACUCGGCGCAGGCACACGCGGCCGUUUCGGUGGCGCAGCUCGCUGCGGCGGUGGCAGGCAUCGUGUCGGUGAGCGACCUGAGGCCGGCCGCGACGGCCAGCGCCGGCGACAGGAGGCUGGGCACGGUGCUCGCGUCCGCGGCGGCGCUGGUGGCCACCGUGUGCGCGGAGGCCGCGGAGACCGCCGGCGCCAACCGCGGCCGCGUCACGUCCGCCGUGAGGAACGGCCUCGAGAGCCGCUCCUCCGCGGAGCUACUCACCCUCACGGCCACCGCUGCCACAUGUCUGAGGGGAGCUGCAGCGCUGAAGCAGAGGGUAGCCGACCUCAGGGGAAUCGGCACCAGCAGCAACGACAUGGCCAUGAGCAUCAGCGCUGGCAUCCAGAAGGGCACGACCCUCAGAGUCUGCCUGCCUUGUGGGAGGGUGCGGGUGAGGACGGUGUCCGUCUUCCCUCAGCGCGGCGGCGGCGUGGUGGCGCUGAGGCUGGGGAAGAAGCGCCUCCACGGCGCGUUCGCCACCUACAAGGACUAUGCGGUCUCGGCGGUCGGGGAGGGCGGCGGCGAGGCGGUGGUGGAGGGGCGGCCGGCGUUCCCGGUGGCGCUGGUCACGGAGGCGGAAGGGGCGACGGUGCAGCUGCUGUUCGAGCACCAGACGCCCUGCAAGAUCUGGAAGGCCGCCAUCGAGGGGAUGCUAGCCGAGCAGAAGCUCAAGCGCGGCAGCAACUGAACUGACCGCGGACUGUUUGUGUUUGGGCGCGCGUACAAUAAUCCAGCACGCAUCUGUACUUGCUGUGCCGAUCUUCCUACACUUCUACUUGAUCGAGUAGAUUUUUUUUUUAGAGGAGAAUUGCUGUUCUUUCUCUAUGUGUAGUCUUGCGUGCCUUGCGUCUUGUAUCUGUGUAGUAUAAUGUAUGGGCGUGAGUCCAAGCUGCUGUAGAAUUUUGAAGAGGAUGAUUAUCUACUGUUACGGCUUAGCAUUUA